CCACAUAUAUAAACACACAACACAAGAUCUUCCAUCUCUUCUCUUCUCUUUUAUAUUUUUCUUCAACUCCCUGGAUUUCUUCUUCACCCUUUACCAAAAACCCUAAUUUCCUCAGCCGUUUCUUUCUUUUCCUUCUUCUAUAUCUUUACAGAACCUAACGUCAAGACAUCAUUUGAUAUAUCUUCAGUGGUAAUAUAGUAGGGGUGAUCAUAUCAUCAGUUAAGAGAAUUUUCCAUCAUUUGGGUGUCUAGGGUUUGAUUGCCAGGGAAUAAUGGAGGCUAAUAUUUGUGACAUCAACCACUUGGAUGCUGACGUCCUUUUGCCUCCCCGAAAGCGCCUUCUAGCUGGAUUCAAGAAACAAAGUUCUGAUGCCAAUGGAAAUGGUGAUGGUGAUGGUGUUUCACCUCCACCAGCUGUGGCUUCUUCUUCAUCUCCUCCUUAUAGUCCUUAUUCAAUUGAAUUUAAUGCCCGUCUUAACAAUUUAUUGAAUUUGACAAUGAAUAAUUCAACUCUUUCACACGAGGAGAUUGCAGAGUUGGCUCAAUCUGAAGCUAUUGCUGCAAUUAAGGCAGCAAAGGAUGCAAGAGCUGCCGCCGAGAAGAAGGCUGCUAUUGCCACAAAAGCGAAAACUGCUGCUAAGAAUGCUUUAGACUUGGUUGCUUCUUUCAAUGAAGAGAUGGCUUCCAAGGACAGAGGAUUGAGAAAAAAUAAGUUGAAGAAACAUGUUCCUGUUCAGCUUUUGUACAAAAAGCAUCAAUCAAUUGAGAAUAAUAAGAGUGAUGAAGAGCUAGCCCGAAGGUUGCAUCGAGUUAUGAACAGCUCACCCAGAAUCUCAAAGAACUUUUCGAGUUCUGAUUUGAAAGGUAACAGACAUAAGAAGCCUAAAAACUUGCACACCUCUGAGAAAGUUAGGGUUCCAAAUGGGCUUCUGAUCUUGAGGGGAAAUCCAACUUGUACAUCCAGUGGACAUGCAGUAGAAGGACAGGUGGACUCUGAACAUCAGGUCUUCCCUCAGGAAGCAAACACAGUUAGAGCAGAUGAAAAGGCAUCUAAAUAUGAAAAAUCUUGCGUAGAGAAGGACAGUAGUGUAGCAGAAUCAGAUCACUUAAAGGAGAAAACAUCGGAUGAUACCAAUUCUCCUGGCAAAAAGAGGGGAAGGCUCAAGCUAAAAAAGUUGCCCUUAAGCAUUUGCAACUACAAGGACAGAGUAAAUCCUAAGGAGGAACUGAUUAGUAGGGCCUCUCCUCUAGCUGAUAAGAACAUGGACAAUCCACCUCCUGGUAACAUGGCUGUGUUUUCUCUUGAGCCUUCUUCAGACGGUGUGAUGCCAAUCGAACCGACACCAACAUGGAAAUGCCAGGAGUUCAAGGCACCCGAAUGUGUCAAACAAAACAAAGUCGUGCAAUCAUAAUGUUAAAAUCUUGUUGUGGAGACAGAUGACUACCAAGAUAGAAUUCGCUAGCUGAGGUAGGAUUUGCGAUGCUCUUUCUUUUAUAGAAACGGCUUCUUUUAAUUUUAUCUUUUCGCUCGUCUCUAGCUUUGUAAGGAAGUUGAAUUGCCCUGUAUAUGUUUAAUGUUUAAAUGCUUGCUUUUACCUUCUACAUAUCAUAUAGUGCCAGCUGCUUUACAUGACAACAAAGCUUGGAGUUGGGAUAAGAGAGGGAUGCAAUAGUAGAUAGCACUAUAUUGGUCUUUUUUUGCAUCUUUUGAACCUUUAGAGUUAAUUUCUUCUGUUAGUACACAUAGCAAGUCAUUCUUUCUUGUUGCUUGCUUUAUGUUGAAGUCUUAUUCCAUACAAGAAUGAUAUUUGAGAUCCUUAAGUAGUCCUAUUUUGCAGUUUUCUCAAGAAUUAUAUUUGAGAUCAUUUUGUAGUCCACAUGUUUAUGUAAUGACCAGAUUAUGUUUGAGAGAAUUGAAUAAAGCCAAUUUGUUCCUUGUCAA